UUUGAUCCAGUCUUCUCUGAUCAUCCCCUUCUUCUACAGUCCCCAAUCCAUCUGCUGAUAGUACAGAGCUCUAGGAGACUCUCUGCAUAUGCUCAAUUUAGGUUUUUUUUUUUCUUAGGAGAGUGCAUGUGAUCAGCACAGGGCCAAUCAGCACUGUCCAGACAGAGGGUCAGGGGUGCUACAGCCUCAUAGGACAAUCAGGGGAGAAUGAAAGCUUUAACAAUCUUUAACAAGUGCUCUGCAGAACACUGAUAGAAGUCACAAGACUGCUCUUACUGCUGAUGAGAAAAGGUAUUUAGCAGUUUAUACUUACUAA